AUGCAGCCUUCAUUGACCUUGCGCGCCGUCCAUACACCUUUGAUUCGUUUCGUUGGUUCCAGAGCUGCCCUGUGGAAGGAUGCACCACACCACACCGGCCCUCAUGUCAUGACUCCUUCUAAUCUCGAGAAGCACGUCGCCAAGGCUUCCGAGGUUGUUGCUAAGACUGCUGCACCUGCUGCACCCACAACCUUUACCACAGGCGAUAUGCCUGCAAGAUACCGCCGUGCACCCAUCACCGAACUUGAAAUGGAGGCUAUUGAGAGCGGAGGAGCUACUUACUCAUUCUAG